AUGAAAGCAAACAUAGUGAUAGCCAUUGUGUUGGCACUACUGUUGAUCACUUCUACAAUUUUCACAGAAGCCAGAACUCUUUCAAAACACAAACACCAACAUCAAAAGGAAGAAGAUAACAAGAGAAGCAGCAAUAGAAGUAGAAGAAGAAGUGGUGGUGGUGGUGGUGGAAGAAGAACAAGUAGAGGCAGAGGCAGAGGCUCAUCGUCAAACUGUGAUCCUCUCUUUCAAUACUUAUUUGGAAGCUGUGGCCAAUGGCCCUUCACAAGGUCCUCUCCCAACAACCCCUUCGACCCAAGACCCAACCCUUCCCCGCCUCGCCCCAAUCCACCUCUGCCGCCGUCUCCUUCACCACCGGUUCCCUUACCUCCACUAGUCCCUUCACCUCCACCCAUAGUAGUGCAACCACCACCGGUAGUCCCUUCACAACCACCACCGGUUAUGCCACUUAUACCACUUGCACCACCACCACUUGUUCCUUCGUCACCACCACCAGCAGCUCUUUCACCACCACCAGUUGCCCCUUCAUCGCCUCCUCCUGUUACACCAUCACCACCACCGGUAACAUCAGCACCCCCACCAGCUGAGACUUCACCUCCACCAGCGUCACCACCGCCUUCCGCACCACCACCUUCCCCACCACCACAAUCACCACCACCGCCUUCUGCACCACCACCAUCACUACCACCGCCUUCUGCUCCACCGCCAUUACUUCAAUCACCGCCGCCACCUUCCCCUCCACCGCCAUUAGUUCCCUCUCCGCCUCCACCUGAAAUUCCCAUAUUUCCACCACCAUUAGUCCCAUCACCACCACCACCGGCAGAUAUACAACCACCACCAGAACUCCCAUUUGUAUUUCCACCACCACUAGUUCCUUCACCACCACCACCUGAAGUCAUACAACCACCAAUAUUUCCAUGGUUAUCACCUCCUGAUCAGGCAACCACUGACACUCCUCCCCUUCCCCUUUUUUCUCCGCCACCAUCUUUCCCUCUACCUCCAGACUUUUCUCUUCCACCACCAGAACAAGAAGCCCCACCAGAUGAAUUUACACUUCCAACACCUCUUGUCUCACUAUUUCCUCCACCAGAAGAGCCGCCACUUUCGUUUACUCCACCUGUGAUGUCGACCCCACCAGCACCCGAUUCAGACAUGGGUCAGAUUCCGACAUUCCCACUUCCACCUCCGGUGGUGGUUCCGGAUAUUCCGGUGCCAUUUUCUUUUACACCUCCAACACCUGAUGCUUUCAGUGACCCAUUUCAGCAGUCACAAUCACCACCACUUCCUUUCCUCCCUCCAACACCGGAUGCUGAUGUUGGUCAUAUUCCAACAUUCCCACUUCCACAGUCGCCGGGAUUUUCUAUGCCGCCUCCAGUUGUGGUUCCCGAUCUUCCUGUGAAUCCAGCAGAGCCACUGCCAUUUUCAUCAGCUCCACCAGCACCAGAUGCUUUCAAUGAGCCACUGCAGCAGCCACAAACACCACCACUUCCGAUGUUUCCUCCCGUUCAACUUCCUCCACAAGUGGGUUCACCUCCAUUUUAGAAAUAAUUCAUUUGUGUUCACCUCCAUUUUCUUAUGUA